AUGGAAGAAGAGUUGAGAGCAGUGCUGAUUGGAAAGCAUCACUGUGGGAAAACAUCGGUGAUCAACACUAUACUGGAAACCAGAACAGAAGCUGAAGGAGAUGAGGAUGUGAAGAGAGAAGGGAUUAUUGAUGACAGGAGAGUCAGUCUUGUUGAAACUCCUGGCUGGUGGAAAACCUUCAAUCUGAGUGAUUUAUCCAACCUCUCCAAACAGCAGCUGGUUCGCAUGAUUUCCCUGAUUUCACCUGGACCUCAUGUGGUUCUGAUCGUGAUUCAGGCUGAUUCUGCAUUUACUGAAAAUGACGGGAGGUUUCUGGAGGAUUAUGUGGAGAUGGUGGGUCCCAAUGUCUGGACUCACACCCUCGUCAUCUUCACAAGAGGAGAUUUAAUGAAACCAGAAGACAUAGAGCAGAAUAUUCAGAAGGACAGGUCGGGACUCAAGCGACUUAUUGAAAAAUGUGAAAAUAAAUAUCAAGUUUUUAAUAAUUCAAACCAUUACGACCGAACCCAAGUCAAAGAGCUGUUCAAGAAAAUCAAAGGAAUUGUUCGUAAGAAUAACGGCAAGCACUUUGACAUCGAUCUGAAGAAAGUAAAGGAAGUCAACGAGCAGUGGGAGGAAAUUCAGACCAGAGCAAAUUCUAGAAAAUCCAGAGUACAGGAGAAACGGUCAAAAGUUCAAGAAAAAGCAUAUGUGCGUCGUCUUGAGGAGAUCAGAAUUGCUUUGCUGGGAUGGGUUCAUUGUGGAAAGAGUUCAGCUGGAAACACCAUCUUGAACCAAGACACAUUUGCCACAGGAAGGAAGAUUACUGUUUUGGACACUCCAGGCUGGUGGAAGUACUUCGCAUCUGAACUCAACCCAGAUUUCAUUAGAUCUGCGAUCAUAGGAAGUGUUUCAUCAUGUGAGAAGCCCCCUCAUGCCAUACUGCUUGUGAUUCCGGCAGAUACAGCAUUUCAGGAAGAACAAAAGAGGAUCACUGAACAAAAUAUGUCUAUCCUGGGAGACGACAUCUGGAGACACACAAUAGUUUUGUUCACGUGGGGCGAUAGAUUUAAAAACAUCUCAAUCGAGCAGCACAUUGAGAGUGAAGGUGAAGCUCUUCAGUGGCUGAUUGAGAAAUGCAGGAACAGAUAUCACCUCUUUGACAACACAGACAAGAACAAUCGAGAUCAAGUCACAGAGCUGCUCCAGAAGAUUGAUGAGAUGGUGGAAGAAAACUGUUUGUUCCAUGUCAACACACAGAAAAACUGUGAAUCAGAAACGAGCCAUCAGAGAAAUGACACAGAGGAGGAUCAGAAUAUACAGAUCAGACUGAAGGAUGUCUGCAACUUUCUUGAAGUGGCAUUUAAAAUAAAAGCUGAAGAGAUAAGAAAGAAGAUACAAAACUUAUAUGAGCAGAUCAUGGAAGAUUGUCUAAUCCUUGAGGAUUCUCGGAGUAUGAAUUCUCGUCCUAACUAUGACGAUAAACCUCCCGAUGACCCACUUCAGCAGGACAGCAUGUCUGAGCCAAUUAAAACUCUUCUGGAGAGAGAGUUCAUCAGAUGGGAAACUAUCAUCAUAGAUGGUGUUCGAGAAAGUUUACAGGACAUUAAAUCAUUAAUUGAUCUAUCUCAGGCUGAGAGGAGGCAAAAGUCAGUGGAUGCUGUUGAGAGAUGGCUACAGAACUACAAUCAAUAUGUUGAACAUACUAUUGAUAAAAUACAAUAUCCAGAAUCAGGGAUGAGGAAAAGAGACUGAAGAUAUAUUAAUAUUUCUGACUCAUUUCACUAUUUACUAAAAUAGAGAGAGCACUGAGUGUAAAUAUGUUUUAAUACAAACCCUCUGUGUGCGGUUAUACCAAGAGCUCAGGUAACGUACUGAGAAAUCAGAUAAAUAUUUAUCUUUCACAUGCAUUCAUUAACUCACGCAAUAACCGGUUCUCACAUGACAUCACUUCAUUAAAUUAACCAUUUUAUACAGACAAACCAAGACCUCUUUUAUCAGAAGUGCUGUUAAUAAAGCUUGUUGCUG